ACAUAUAGGCGACUCAUCUGGUGAGCAGCGAUUUUCUGCAAGGCGAACUCCGUGCGCUGAGACAUUUCGCACCUUAUUUGCCUUGGGCAUUAGUCUAAAAGUGUGAAUUGUUUAUAAAGAGAUUACAAAACCGAAGACAGGGCGCUCAGUGGGCCGCUGUGUUCGACUUUUGCCGCCAUAAAAACAUAAAAAAGGCAUCACUUUAAGCGAAAAACCAAGGCGGAUAAUUGCAAAAGAAAGUUUUCACCAUCGGCCUCGGCAUAAAAGGGGAUUUCAUCGAGCCGGAAGCAAACAGUUGCCUCUAGAGAUAGCUACCGAAAUGACCAAGUUCGUUGCGAAGAAAGCUAUCCUUCUGCUCUCCCUGCUCCUCCUGGGCACGGCGGAGUCCAAGCCACUGGAUGGGGAACAGCAUCAUAUCGAGGAUCAGCAUGUGCGAAAGGAGCGUCAGCUGAAGAUGGCCGGCUCAGCGGAUCCAGAUGUUAAAAUGGUGGCCAACGUGACUCCAGCGACGGGAUCUCAACCCAUGUCGAUGACCAUGGGUGUCCCAAUGAACCAAAUGGCCCUGAGCUCGGUCGGUGGCCAGUUGGUGCGGUAUCCCAACUACCCGGGUCUGAUCUAUCCUGGCCUUGCGCCGGCUCCUGGUCUAAAUGGCGUUCCCGGUCUGCAGACGAACAUUGCCAACAACUAUCCCUCGUAUCCGGAUCCCAAUCUGGCAGGCUCAGUUCCUGGCUUCAAUCCGUUUGGCUCAUUCGGCUAUCCAGGCGUGCCACCCAUGUAUGGAAACUCCCUGAUGUAUCCCAACCCCCAGCUGCCCAAUGGAUUUGUGCCCAAUCCUGCCGUGGACAACUUCCAAUCGCUGAACAACAUUGUCAAUAUGGCCAAUGUUCAGGGAUUGGCUGGUGGCAGCUCCGGACUAUAUCCAGCACCUCAAGGAUUUGGUGGCGUCAACCCGGGUCUAUAUCCCGCUCCGCAGGGAUUCGGUGGAGCCAAUCCGGGAUUGUAUCCAGCACCUCAGGUCAACAUGCUGGGACUAUAUCCACCAUCUGGUGGUUUCCUGGAGCGCAUGAACAUGCAGGGCUAUGCCCCCGGCUUUUAAUUGAGCCUUAAAACUCCAUAAAUAAUAAGCUAAUUUAUUUUAUUUAUUUUCGAUAAAUACAAGAACAUUUAUACAACAAA